AGUCGAUGUAACGAAUAGCGGAUCAUCUCAACAGUCCAUCCUUUCACAGACACCAACCGUAUGCUUCACACUUGCGUUGGGCAAACUACUGGUACAUCAAUGAGCCUGUGGAGUUAUCUAUCAAUAACUGCGUUUCCGUUCAUCUUCAUGGCUGUCUGUCAAGUCACGUUUUCCACUGACUAAAGCUGCGCGGGAUUAAUUGCUUCCCUCUCGGUAUGUCUCAGACCUUAAGGUAGGGAUUACUGACGUCGAUGACAAUCCGUACUGCAUCUACGUAUAGCAGUGACAUGACAUGGUCGAGACCCGGGUAUCGCUAGUAACAAUCCGACAGACGAAGCUAGAUAGGCGAUCAUGCUAGUCCCCGUGCGGCAAGACUGGGCUGUUCACCACACAAUGACAACUUCGGAGCCAUUUAUCUUAGCAAUGGCACGAUGACGUUUGGCAUAAACUACUGGUCACUUGGCCACGGAUGAAUCUAUGUCAACUUCUUCUUGAUCAAGUGAGCAGGACGCAGAUUCAACUCAUAUGAAGCGUGCCGAAAGACCUAUAGCAGAUUCACACCAAGGAACGCUUCCAGUCCAUGGCGGAACACCUCUCAAAAUGUUAAGCAUUUAGAGAACAGACAAACCCACCAUUGGACAGGUAGCAGACAACUCCGACUGGCCAUCUGUAAUGUCUGGAUAGUAUAGGAGUGGCUCCUCAGUUGCCACCCCUUCUCUGAGUUUUGGCCGCAGAAAAGUCGUUGGGCCGAUGGAACUCAAAUCAAGAUUGGUAUGCAAAGGAUGAUCGAAAAUGGGGGUAUAGACAAAGGCGCCAACACCAACUGUCAGAGACCACAAGCGCAUCGUCGCAUUAAGGUUUCAUGGGCUUUCGAUUCUAGCGCAGCCAAGCGCAGCCAUCAUGCGACCGCGGGUGCUUGCGCCAGUAGCGCCUAUCCACGACUCGGGUUUAAGGUUUCUGAAGCUAUCCAGACUCGGCCAGACAGCUUCAAUAAAGCUUAGUCUCUCAUCCUCGCGACUCAUCAGAGGCUACCGCUGGAAUGCAGACUAUCAAAACCAAGGAAUUCAGAAUGCCUGUCCACUGUCGACCCCAUUGGUGACAUUGUAUCUCAUAAUGCGACGCGUGGUUUUUUAUGUUUCCUUGAUUGAGGCUCAAGUGCACCCAAAAAGGGUAUAAUCCGAAUGCCUUCCCGUUGGCAAACUCAGUUUAUCAGGGCGUUGUUCCUGGCUAAAAUUUGCUCUGAGCGUUGUAUUUGAGACGAUCAUGUCCCGAUCAGUUCUAUCCCAGGAGUCAUCUCAAACCUCAAUACUAUUGUCUCAUGGGUGUUGAACAAGGCCUUGCCAAUAUUAUUCCCUUGUUCCACCUCAUCCACUAUUUGUACAUCCAAGAUGGUCAACCAGACGAAUAGCUUCCUCAGCCUAUUGGCUCUCGCAGCCUUGGCCGAGGGAUACUGGCGCAUGUCGUGUAGCAUCAUACAGACUGGCCGAGUUGAUCCCAUCAUUGCCCCUGGGACCUUCUCAGCACACGUCCACAAGGUCUCUGGGGCCAGCAACAUCAACAUUGACUCCACCUUUGACAGCCUUCAGGCCUCAAGGUGCACUUCCUGCGAGGUUCAGGACGACAAAUCGGCCUACUGGACACCCCAGCUCUUCUACCAGCACGCGAAUGGGAGCUUCCAGAUGGUCCCCAACGGCGGGACGGUGAUAUACUAUCUCGGGCGUGGAGAGAACAGGACAAACAUCGAGCCAUUCCCUCCAGGAUUCAAGAUGCUAUCUGGAGACAAUUUUGCUCGGUCUUAUGACUCGAAAACAAAAACAUACAGUAACUCAAGAUACUCGGGCCGCCCAGUUGCCGAUCGAGUCAGUUUCGCGUGCCUGGAUAGCUCAGGGCCUUCAAAGGAGCGUAACUAUAUGUGGAAGACAGAUUGCGACAACGGCAUGCGAGCACAGAUCCAUUUCCAAUCAUGUUGGAAUGGACAGGAUUACCAGUCUGAUCAAAGCCACGUCGCCUACAUGUCCUCAAUAGACAACGGUAUCUGCCCUCCGAGCCAUCCACGCCAGCUCCCACAUCUGUUCUUCGAGGUCAUCUAUGGAGUCAACAAUAUCGACAAAAGCAAAGGUGGCCGAUUCGUCUUUGCCAAUGGAGACACUACUGGCUAUGCGUUUCACGGCGACUUCCUAAACGGCUGGAAUCCGACUGUUCUUGCGACUGCUAUCAGAAAAUGCAUCAACAAUGAUAGCAUUGGAGGAGCCAUUUCUAAAUGUCCCAUCCUGGCCGCUUCGCAAACACCAUACUUUAGUGACAACUGUCCAGAGAUGGCCCCCCUGAUUGAAGAGCCCAUUCGAGGCAUGCUUGAUGCUCUUCCUGGGUGCAAUAAACCCUUCGGUGGCCCCGGCAGAGCGCCACCGCCAGUAUGCGACGCCAAGCCAGCCAUCAACAACCUUGGAGACGCCGGCAUCGGAUCUAUCUUUGACCCUGCUAUCGGGGAUAAGGUUGGCUCCUGGUCUUAUGUUGGCUGCGCUCCUGAAGGCAGUCGCAGCAGAACAUUGAACAAGUUUGCUGUGGCAUCAAAUAGUAUGUCUAUCGAGUAUUGCACAUCGACCUGCAAAGCAAAGGGCUAUCCACUCGCUGGGAUGGAGAACGGCCGGGAGUGUUAUUGCGCGGGAUCGCUCACAUCAGGGGCCUCAUACACCAAGGCUUCAGCAUGUACGUCAUCAAGAAAGAUGAGUUGUGUAGGAAACACAACACAGUAUUGUGGAGGACCCGACUUUCUCACAGUAUGGAAUGAUACCUCAUACACACCGCCCGCAGAGCUCGUUGUCGGUCAGACUCAAAUCUCAAAAGGCAUCGCUACAUAUUAUGGAUGCUACGCUGAGGGCAACACUGGUAGAGCACUCUCAUCUGACAGCACGGCGGACACGACUGGCAUGACAAACGAAAAGUGCGUUGCGUUCUGUCAGGCUGGCGGCUAUAAAUAUGCCGGCACGGAAUACUCCCAGGAAUGCUACUGUGGCAACGAUAUUGUCAACGGAGGCUCCAACAUAACCGAUAUAUCUCAGUGUUCGAUGCAGUGCAAAGGGAACAUCUUCAGCUACUGUGGUGCAGGCAACCGAUUGAGUAUGUGGAAGAUCAAGCAACCCGAUCAACCAACUGGACCCAUCACGGCACUCGAUGGUGCUGCCGUAUGGAAAGGCUGCUACACGGAUGGAGGGUCAGGGGGGCGGACACUUCCUAGUGCCACCUUUACGGGCUCUGCCGUCUCUCUCGAUACCUGCUUUUCGUUCUGUAGCAAACUCAACUACCCCCUAUUUGGAAUGGAAUAUGGACGGGAAUGUUAUUGUGGCUACUCACCCAAGACGCAGGCUACUGUUGCACCAGAUGGCGACUGCAGAAUGCCAUGUGCGGGAAACUCCUCUCAGAAGUGUGGUGCCGGUAAUCGCAUAUCCAUCUGGAACAACACACUUUAUACUCCCACGGUCAACCUCGAGGCCCUCAACACCCCACCAAAAUACCUUGGCUGCUAUACAGAAGGAAAAGGCGCCCGUGCCUUGGGAGGUGCUAAGACCACAAAUAAGAAGAUGACUCUCAGUGUCUGCUCAAACUUUUGUUCUAGCAAAGGAUUCACUUACCUGGGACUCGAGAACGGAGAGGACUGUUACUGCAGUGGGAAGGGCCCUUCUAACGGUAGUGUUGAAGCUCCAGCAUCGCAGUGUAAUGUUGUCUGCAAGGGAAAUAAGUCCCAAAAGUGCGGUGCAAGUAAGAGGUUGAACGUCUACCGUCUCGCCAGAGUCUCAAAGACUAAAACCACAAAAAGGUCUUCCGAGAGAAGACAAAUACAGGAAGUGGGAGGAGACCCUUGAAGGGGAUAUGAAUUAAUGUACUUAAAUGACGACGUUGCACGAUUAAUACAACCUCUUUAUUAACCAUAGUCUCAACUUCUGGAUAAAUGAGGAUGGUCGUGUCGUGGAAUUUUGUGAUUAUUGGCAUAAUUCAACAGCUUAUGGAAUAACAAGUAACGUCAUCGCCACCGUUCGCACAAUCAUUGUGUCUGAUGUGUUUGUCUUACGACUAUUCGUCGAUACACU